GAAGGAAAAUUUUUGGAAGCCGAAAAGUUAGAAAAAAGAGUACAAGCCGACUUAUUUAAUUUGCGGGAAAUGGGUUUUUGCCCCGGCAUUGAAAAUUAUUCUCGUUAUUUUGAUGGCAGAAAAGAAGGCGAAACUCCCUUUACCCUCUUAGAUUAUUUCCCUUCUGGUUUUUUAACUAUCGUUGAUGAAUCUCAUAUUACUAUCCCACAAGUAAAAGCCAUGUAUAAUACCAAUCGUCACCGGCUAGAAACUUUAAUAAAACAUGGUUUUCGUUUACCUUCGGCGCUCGAUAAUCGACCGCUCAGUCAAGCAGAAUUUUUUGAAAAAAUUAAUUAUUCUCUUUAUGUUUCUGCCACCCCGGGGGAUUUUGAAUUAGCCAAAGUCAAUUAUCAACCAGUCGAGCAAAUUAUUCGUCCGACCGGUCUUUUGGAUCCGCAAAUAGAAGUAAGAACCACCCGCAACCAAAUUGCUGAUAUUAUUGACGAAAUAAAAGAAAAAAGCAGUCGCGGAGAAAAGGUUCUUAUUUAUGCUUUAACCAUUGCCAUGUCGGAAGACAUUGCUAAUUUAGACCAAAUAAUUGCGGAUUAUGAUUAUAGUCGGUGGGGAGACCAAGAAUAUCAUAACCAACUUUUUGGUGGUAAUGAAAGAUUUAAAAACCUUUACACAGCUUUUGAUAACCUAGCUAACCGAGUACUUGCUCAUUUAGACCAAAUAAUUGCGGAUUAUGAUUAUAGUCGGUGGGGAGACCAAGAAUAUCAUAACCAACUUUUUGGUGGUAAUGAAAGAUUUAAAAACCUUUACACAGCUUUUGAUAACCUAGCUAACCGAGUACUUGCUCGUAAUAUCAUUGUGACUAACCGACUAACCCACGGAGAAGAUAAAGAAAGUGAAGAAAAUAUUAUGAAACAUGCUUUUGAUUAUCAACAAUGUUAUAAAAUUCCCGAACCUAAAAUUUACUCAGAAAUGAGAAUAAUAGAAGCCGAAAAAAAAUUACAAGCCCAAAUCGCGACUAAUCCUGACCCUAAUCAGAAACCAAAUCAGAAAGACCAAAAUCAACCGAACCAAGAUAAUAAUAAUUCGGCGAAAAUUACCCAAUUACAACAGGAAGUCAAUAGUUUAAAACAAGAAAUCCGCGACUUAAAAAAACCUGGCAACCCUUCUCCUGCUAAUUCUGAUACUUUGCGAGAUAAAGAAAGAAAAUUGCAAGAAAAGGAAAAAGAGUUGAAAAAAUUAUCAGAGAAGGUGAAUCAAGAACUGCAAGCCGAAACGGAAAAAAUUGCUAACUCGCGAGUUAAGGAAAUUACUAUCAGACUAAGGGAUAACCCCACUAAUGAAACUAUUGCCCACGAGCUUGCCCACGCUUUUCUUAUUUAUCAUCAUUGUCCUAAGGGUCAUCACGGCAAGGAAAAUGAAACUGAGAUCAACACUUUUUUGUUUUAUAGAAGCCAAGAAGUAGGAAAAACUACUCUUUUUCGGCAUUUAAUCAAAAAUUCCGCUAAUGAAAGAAAAGGAGAUAUUAAGUCAAGCCCACUAAUUAACUAUACCGAAAGUUUAGUCAAAAUAGGAAAUAAUGUUUAUAAGUUAAUUGAUACUCCCACUUUUAUUCUUUCCCCCAAAACAGAAAUAGAAAAGGGAAUUAAAGAACAAACCGAGGAUUUAUUAAAGGAAA